AUGAGUAACCAAUUUUUAGUUGACACGAUUUAUAACCAUGGAUACAUGAGAAAAUUUCUUAGUAUCUUGAGGAGUGUAAAAAAAAAUGACAAGUUUCAAUAUAUAAUGAAGCUAUGUGAAAAUACAAAUAUAGAAGAAGAUGAAGAAUUAUAUAAGGUAUUUAUAAAUGAGUUACAUAACAUAAGUAAUACCUCUUCAACAAGAAGAAAAAAGAAUGAUAGUAGUUGUAAUGAAAGUACUAAUAAUACUGGUAAUAAUAAAGAAAAUGGAAGUAAUAAUACCCAUUUUGAAGAUAUGAAAGAUAUUAAUAGUUCAAUAUCUAACAAUUCAGAGGAAAUUAACGAAUUUGAAAUAGAUUCUAGUACAUCAACACAAGAAAAAACAAAAGAAACAAGGAUAUAUGUAGAUGGAAUAUUUGACUUAUCUCAUUCGGGACAUUUUAAUGCAAUGAGGCAAGCUAAAAAAUUAGGAGAUAUAGUAGUUGUAGGUAUAAAUUCGGAUGAGGAUGCUUUAAAUUCGAAAGGUGUGAAACCAAUAUAUACACAAGAAGAAAGAGGAGCUUUAAUAGCAGGUUGUAAAUGGGUCGAUGAAGUUAUUAUAGGUACCAAAUAUAAUGUAGAUAUGGAUUUACUAGAAAAAUAUAAUUGUGAUUAUGCGGCGCAUGGAACAGAUUUAGCAUAUGAUAAAAAUGGAACCUGUUGUUAUGAAGAAGUACGAAAAUUUAAUAAAUUAAAAAUAUUUGAAAGAAGUUAUGGUAUAUCUACCACAACCAUUAUAAAUCAUUUAUUACAAGCAGUAAACAAUUCUAAUUAUUAUUCAUCAUCAAAUAAUAAUAAUAAUAAUAAUAAUAAUAAUAACACUCUUGUCAAUAGUAAUAAUAAUAAUAAUAAUAAUGAUACGAAUAGUGUUUCAACAAACGAAAUUAGUGAUAUUAAUAAUGAAACUAAUUAUGUAUAUAAUACAAAUACAAAUUCAGAACAACUUGAUAAUUUUAAUAAAAAUAAAGAUAAUCCAAACAUUCUUGAAAUUACAGAAGAGCAAAUAUAUAAUUCAGAAUUAGGUAUAUCUGAUGAUAAUAAAACAAAGGUUAGUGAACAGCAACAUGAUAUAGAUACAUUACCAAAAAACCUUCUUAAUAGAAAUAGAUGCCAUAUUACGACAUCACAAAUAUAUCAAUUCAUUGAUAAUAAUGAAUUAAUUAAAAAAAAGAAAAAUAAAAAAGUUGUAUAUGUUGAUGGUUCUUUUGAUAUAUUUCAUAUCGGACAUCUUAGAAUUUUAGAAAAUGCAAAAAAAUUAGGAGAUUAUCUAUUAGUAGGAAUGCAUUCUGAUGAAGUUGUUCAAAAAAUGAAAGGAAAAUAUUUCCCUGUUGUAUCCUUAUUAGAACGAACACUAAAUGUUUUAGCAAUGAAAGUUGUAGAUGAUGUUGUUAUAGGAGCUCCUUGGGUAAUAACAGAAAGUUUUAUUAAGAGAUUUCAUAUUGAUGUUGUUGUAAGAGGUACCAUUGUUGAUUAUAUUUAUUCGAAUAAUGAAAUUGAUCCGUAUGAUAUUCCGAAAAAAUUAAACAUAUAUCAAGAAUUAUCUUCCGAAUCUAAUAUUACAACUUAUGAAAUUAUUCAGCGAAUUGAAAAAAAUAAGAAAUAUCUAAUGCGCAAUAUGUCAAAGAGGAACAAGAAGGAAGAGAGCAUAUGGGAAACGUCCAAUACUUAUGCAAUAAAUAAUUAA